UCCGGUUCACAGGCUUGACCUUCCUGCAUCUGGGCCGCGCGCCGAGCCGACAUAGAAGCGUCCUCGCUAUUCGGCCCGACACGCUCACUCUCGCGACAUCAUGGUGGCCUACUGGCGACAGGCUGGACUCAGCUACAUCCGGUACUCCCAGAUCUGUGCCAAAGCAGUGAGGGAUGCGCUGAAGACAGAAUUCAAAGCAAACGCCGAGAAGACUUCCGGCAGCACCGUGAAGAUUGUGAAGAUGAAAAAGGAGUAAUCUACCCGCCUAGAGCUUGAAAUGCUGCAUUUUCAAGGUGAAGAUGCCUGGGUUCCUGCUACAGCAGACCGGAAACUAUCUCCCUUCCUGGGGAAAAACAAAAAAACGCCCUGUCUUGUUCUAGAUUGACGAUGCCAAUAAACGGAAGUGUGGUCCCCUCUUG